GCUAUAAAAGCUGCCACCUCUCAGGGAGCGCCGUUAUUUCCCCCUCUGCUUCAACACUUGAGGAGAGACGCACUUCAGCAUGUCAUUAGCUCCACGCUCACAGUUGCUGCUUUUCCUCUUCUCCUUGUCAUCGAGGAUGGGGCUCGGUCUCUACAUUAAGGACAACGAACCCGCAGAUGGAUUGUACUCUCUGCUCAGUUUGGACCAGAAAAGAGAAGCAGAGGACUUCAUUUUCCGCCGACCCCUCAGAUGCCUGGACAUGCUGGCCACCAACGGCUACUUCACCUUCACGGCGUCUCGGCCACAGCUGGCUUGUGCCGCCUUCAUUAUUGCCGAGCCCAGUGAGGUCAUCAGCGUGGAGUUGUCUGACGUCAGCAUCGACUGCGGCGCCGGAGACUUCAUCAAGAUGUUUGAUGGCUGGGUUCUGAAGGGGGAGAAGUUCCCCAGCAGCCAGGACCACCAGCUUCCUGUGCACCAGCGCUACACGGACUACUGCUCCCCCACGGCUCCAGGAGCCUCCAGCCGCUCGUCCCAGAACGUCGCCAUGGUCUUCUUCCGCGUUCAAAGCCCCGACAGCGGCUUCACCCUCGCAGUCAAAAAGCUGCACAACCCCUUCCCCUGUAACGUCAUGUCUCAGAGUCCAGAGGGCAGCUUCACCAUGGUGAUCCCGCACCAGCGCAGGAACUGUAGCUUCUCCAUCAUCUACCCUGUGGCCAUGCGGCUGACGGAGCUCAGCCUGGGACAGGCCAAGAGCAACGAGCUCAGACCACAGAGACAGUUGUGGUCGGGCUGUUCGGGAGCGGGUGACUACGUGGAGCUGCUGGGGGGGAACGGGGUGGACACCUCCCAGAUGUUCCCUGUGGCCGACCUCUGCUUCUCCGUCAGUGGGCUCACCCAGAUGAAGAUCGGCUGCGAUAACUCAGUGCUGAGGCUGGUGUCCAGUGGAAACUACAUAAACCGCGUUUCGUUCCAGUAUCGACUACUUGAACAAAGCGAGCUCCCCAAAAGCCGAGAAAACAGCGUGGAGAACUUUUGCACCGUGGAAUGAAGACGCACCGACACACACACACACACACACACACACACACACACACACACACACACACACACACACACACACACACACACACACACACACACACACACUCGUCCAUCUGUCUGUAAAUACGUAACUGACAUAUGUCAUAAAAGCUUUCUACUGUUUUGGUUUGUUUGGUUCAGCUGUGGUUUUUUUUGGCCUUUACGUAUUUAUUUGAACAAUUAUUUUUUCAUUUGAUUCAUAAAUGGAUUGUUUUCAUUAUCGUAUCUUCUCAUAAAAACAUGUGAAACAUCUUCCCUUCAUCCUCAGCGUAUAUCAGUUAGAUUAUGUUGGGGGAGGUUUAGUUUUUGCUGCCUUGAACUGAAAAUAAAUAUGACUUGCAUGAAAAAGUGCAUCUUUAA